AUGAUAGCUUAGCUAUCCAAAUUAGUCAAGAAAGUUGGUGAACAGCAAAAAGAACUUAUUCUCGAAUUCAGUCAAUAAUUGAACUAGCACAAUGAGUUAAUAGAAAAGGCUAUGGAGAAAUAGGAAAGAAUGGAACAGAAAAUAAACAGAAUAGAGACAAGACUGAUGGAUAAAGAGAUAUAUCACUAUAAGGAAAAUUAGGAGAAAGUUUAGCAAAGAAAGCAAUCUGAGAUACAAAGAAGAAGAUAAAGAGAGGAUGAGAGAAAACACUCUGAGUAGAUGCAUAAUUAAUAUCAAUAACAAAUGUAGCAGCAAUAAAAUCAGAGUCAGUAAGAAAGUUAGAUUAAAAGGAAAGAUUUGCAGAUAUAAGUAGAAGAUGAAAAAGAAUAGGAGCAUGAUUAGUAAUAAUAGUUGGAAGUUAAUCACUAAGACCAUCUACCUGUUUAAGAGCACGAGGAAGAUGGGUUUGAGUCUUGUGACGAGGAUGAUAGUCAUAGAGUUUAUGAAAAAACUGGUGAUCCCUUGGAAGACUAUUAUCUUUAAAUUAACACUAUCAAAGUUAAAGAGAAUAGAAAGUACAUUAGAGAAGGAAUGGUUGCGAUGCAUGAGUUGAUGGAACUUAUUAAGCCUGAUGGAUGGCUAUUUGAGAAAACUUACAAUAAAGUUGAUUUAUAUGUGAGAGAAGGAAAUAAAACCUUAGUGGCCUUCAGAGGUGAGGCCCGAUUUGAUUAUCCACCAGAUGUAGUCAUUGAAUUCUUAAGAAACAUUGAUUUGAGGGUAAUGUGGGAUGGAUAGAAUUUCGAAAGUAUAAAUAAAGUCAAGGACUUCGGAAUGGAAACCUAUAUAUACUAUGUUCGACUUAAAUAGCAAUGGCCACUUGGCAACAGAGACCUCCUUCUCUUAUUCCAAGGCUGGUAGAGUGAAGAUGGCACUAUAUACCUUGCUUCUAAGCUAACUUAGCACCCAGAUCAUCCUGAAAUUCCAAAAAUAAUCAGAGUUGACACUAGAUCAGGCUCGUAUGCCAUAGAACCCCUAAACGAAGGAAAGUGCUGCAAGAUGACUUAUAUCACUGAGUUUGAUUUUAGAGGUUCUAUUCCCAGAUAUAUCAUUUAAAAAGCUGGUUAAGCUAGUUAUAUUGAUAGUAUGGGUAAACUCAGAAAACUUCUAGAUAAACUUCAUCCAGAUCAGAAAUAUAAUCCUUGA